UCACAAUUAUUUUCAGGCGACGGUUCACUACAGAUAGAAAGAGAGAGGAAAGACCGCUUUAUGCCACCGUGGCUAUCUUCAACUUUGUUCCUUCCUUCUUCUAGUGCCGGAGGGAUAUACAUGUCAUUGGGUAGUGUGAUGGAUCAUCCAUUCAGUGCUUGUAAGGUACCUCCUACUCCUAGGACGAUGGUGCAGACUCGAAGGGAAAUUCCCUCCUCGCUUGCUCUCUCCGUGGCUCCCCAGGGAUUUGGAACCGUGUCCGUCCCUCAUUACCAUCAGGCGACACUGCAGCCUGCACCACUGCAGCUGGCUGCUGUUGGCAGUGUGUAUGGCAUUGCAACGCGCACGGGACUGCAGACUAGUCAUACUAAUGAUGAUGUUGGCGUUGGUCAGAAUGUUGGUGGUGCUGGUGGUGCUCGACGUUUGGCAAGAGAAAUCGAGUUUCGACCCAGCCCAGCGGCCACCACGCCCGGCUUCGUAUUGAUGGAUGUGGCAGCCGCCGCCGGUGCGUGUACGGACGAAGCGCUGUACUGGGUAAGCAGUGUCCCAUCCACGUCCUACAUCACUGCCAGCGGUGUUCAGUCACCGCCGCACAGUCGUCACUACGCUGCUCCGUCGCCAGGUGUGGCCGCGCGCAGCCUGGCGAUUGUAGCAGAAGCAGCAGAAGCGUCCCCAACGUCAGGUUCUCCAAUUUGUGAAAUCCACACGUACCCGUCGUAUCCGAGUCUACUGGUCCCCAACGACCAGGUCGAUCACUGUCCUCGACCUCUGCGUAAUCAUGGUGAUGCCACUGAUGGCCCGCAGUCAAUGAUUUCUACUGCUCGGUCUCAGCUGGACCCUACAAGUAGUGGCAGUGUGCAUCCUCGCAGUCUGCAGCUGCACAGUCCGGGCCUCCAUCGUGAUCAUGCCGGUGAUGCAGACAGAGGCAGUCCUGCGUCGACCAGGAGAGCAGUGCCAAUGCCAAUGGCCACACCCGGUAGCGUGUCAUACGACAGUGCUAGUACUGCUACAUCAUCCAGCUCUCCAUCCAACCCGGGAGAACACUUGGGACAGACGCAAUAUGCAGGAGAAGAACAGCAAGAUCAUCGACAUCAUACUGCCGUGGCCGCACCUCGGAAGAGGUUCUCCUGUCCGUAUAAGGGCUGCAACAUAUCGUUUGAUAAGAACAGCCAUAUGACAUCUCACAUUCGAACUCACACUGGCGAGAGACCGUACCAAUGCCAUCAUCCCGGCUGCAACAAGCGGUUUGCCCGUUCGGACGAGCGCAGCAGACACAACCGCACGCACACGGGAGAGAAGUCGUUCCUGUGCUACGUCACCAAGGGCGGGGAGCAGUGUCCGAAGAAGUGCUCGAGAUCGGACCAUCUCAAGUCGCACUUGCAGCGCAGCCACACACCGGUAGAGCGCGAGCAGCAUUAUCGAAUCGCCGCUGUAGCACGGGACAAGGCAAAGCAGGCCAAGGCAACAAGUCGGACAAGCAGCAGAUAGCGCCGCACUGCUCUAGUUUUGCCUUACGCACUACAGCGUGGCACUGCAGACAGUAUGGAAUAUUCCAUUUUUUAUUUAUUGGCCAUUUAUUUUUGCAUUGAUUGAAAAGAUGCUUGAAGUUUCAUCCAACUCUAAAUGUAAAUUUGUGCAAUGUACCAUUCGACGCUCGUCCGAAUCACCACACUUGCUGACCGCACCCUGCAUACAUGUACUCACAAACUAGUAGGUGGACUCACCCGCAUGUAUUCAUUAGCCAUGCAUGCAGUGUUGGAGUAUGCUGCUGCUGUACAUAGUGAUAAUUCCAGGACACCGUCUGGUACGGUUCACGUCAUCUGUGUAGGUCAUCUUUUGCACAUGAUAUUCUCAGCCUGAUUGCUAACAUUGUGUGCAUGGAAGGCAAGCUUAUGAUCAUGUCAUGUGAUUUUAUUCCUUCUUCAUUCCCGUACAAGCAGCGAUGGGAAUGAGAAAUGAAACGCAUCCCAGACUUCCACCCAACAUUUACUCAGUAUGGAUCAAUACACACAUGCUCCAGACAAAGUCCAUACUAGGCAUAUUGUCUUGUCUAUGCUAAGCGAGUCCCACUGUGGUGCAGGUAAGAAGGUACAAUCAUUGUAAUACGAAAGUAGUUGUUUGGUGUACAAACAUUCUAAGCCAUGCAUAUCAUUUGCUUCAGCACCGCU